GCCGCUACUUGGAUUUAAAUGUUUUUUCUUCUACUUGUGGUUUUAAGGAGUUGUCGGAGUAAUUUGGAUUUAGACGGAUCAGAUUCUUUUGGAUUAGGCUGUCAGUUUAAAGAUUUGCGUGCUGGAGUAAAUUCGUACAAUAAAUGGUACAAUAGUUUACGUGCUAGAGUAAAUCGGGAAUGUAGACGCAGAGAUGAUUAUUUGAUUAAGUGGGUGAUUCUAUUGUAAGGUGAUUUGGAUUAAAUAUUUGUCAUAAGUAUACGCUGAUAAUUGACUAGUUUCUUAAAGUAGAUCAUGGCAUUGGACUCUUCAGAUUAAAUGGAUGAAUUGAUUAGAUAUUUACCACAAGAUAUUUAAACAUUGAUCCCACGGAUUUGACCAGUACAGUGACAGAUAUGUAACGAACGUUACAGCUGUGAGCUACACAAGGUCGGUUUAAAUUGAACUUUUAAAAUUUUUUAAUUGAACAUUAAUUGCUUCAAAAUGUUAAUGAAGGAGGAAGUGAUUUUCGAGUCGCCGCCGGUUAAAUUACCAGUAGGCUUUAUCAAAAAUGGAGUAAAACUGAAAAACAACAUCAGGAAUAAUAUCAAUCAUAACAAUAACAUCGUAAAAAUGAGCGAAGUUAAAACAAAUAGUGGAGCCUGUAUAAAGUACGUCCACUCGAAAGUAACGCUGUAUUACAGUAGUAGAAUUGAAUUAAAAUGGCGACGAGCAUUGCAUCAUUGCCAAACUUGUGAUUUCGGGGAUGUUUCUGUGAAUGGAGUUAUGUCCCCUUGUGGUGCUAUUCAUCGUGGAGUGUGUACACCAGUGACAGUAGAACAGCUUAUGUUGCCGCAGAGACACAGCCGGCCCGCGGCACAUUCUAGCAGACACCAUCACACAAAAACAGGAUCUAGUCAUAUUGGAUUGCCGACGGGCAAACACCACUCUACCUCACAUGUACCUUCUAGUCAUUCUUCAAGCCUCUAUGUUCAGACAAUCUCAAAUGGAACAGUUUCAAAAGAUAAAGACAGUAUUCUUAGGGAUAUACGAGAAAAAGGCCAGGAAAAAGAAAAUACAGACAUUAACAUUCAAAAUAACAGUGCCACACACACUUUAGACACUCUCUCUUCCCCCUCAAGGGAGAGUCGGACUAAAAAGAAAGAUAACUCUAGUAGACAAAGUAAAUCUGUGAUACCUAAUGCAAAUAUACCCAAAUUUCAUUUUCCAAUGGGUCGUCCUAGCGACAAGAACAAUAUAGAGGAAGUAUUAUUACGGGUUUCUCAAGAAUUCUCGAAAGCGGAAGGCGGGAAAAUUACAAAGCAACAAAUGGGAAUAAUUGCCAAGACUUGUGGCCUACCUCUCUACUGGAAAUGUCCAUUGUUCAAUGCCAGCGGUGGCAACAAGCAAGGCUUUAUUACAUAUCAGAUGUUUUCCUCCAUGUGGAAAAGAUUAAAUCAAACAUGCCAUGAUCAAGCAGCACUAUUUGUUAUGUUACUUGCGAAGCCAGGGACCAACUACAUUGAAGAUGAUGAUUUGGUUCCCCUCUUGCAAGAUGUUGUAGAUACUCAUCCAGGUCUCACAUUUUUACUUGAAGCUCCAGAGUUCCAUUCUAGAUAUGUAAAUACUGUUAUAGCUAGAAUAAUGUAUUGUGUAAAUAGAUCAUGGACAGGGAAGGUUACUAUACCAGAACUUAGGAAAUCCAAUUUUUUAACAACUUUAAGCGUGAUAGAAGAAGAGGAUGAUAUUAACCAGAUAACAGACUUUUUCUCCUAUGAACAUUUCUAUGUGAUAUAUUGUAAAUUCUGGGAGUUGGAUAAGGACCAUGAUCUAUUUAUAGACAAAACUGAUCUCGCUCGACACAAUGAACAUGCCAUUUCCACAAGAAUGAUAGAGAGGAUAUUCUCUGGUGCCGUAACAAGGGGUAAAACGUUCGAGGAAGGAAAGAUGAGUUAUCCAGAGUUUGUCUGGUUCCUACUCUCAGAGGAAGAUAAAAAACAUCCAACAAGUAUAGAGUAUUGGUUUCGAUGUAUGGAUUUUGACGGGGACGGGCUUAUAUCUAUGUACGAGAUGGAAUAUUUCUACGAGGAACAGAUGCAGAAGAUGGAAGCUCUCGGUAUUGAGAGAUUACCCUUUGAGGAUUGUUUAUGUCAGAUGUUAGAUCUUGUGCAGCCCGAGUCACGACUACAGAUUACGUUAAAAGAUCUGAAACGCUGCAAGAUGACGAAUAUUUUCUUCGACACAUUCAUGAAUCUCGACAAGUUCCUGGAACACGAACAGAGAGAUCCAUUUGCUAAUCUCAGGGAUUUAGAGAGUGAUGUCCCUGAACCAACAGACUGGGAGAAAUAUGCAGCUGAAGAAUACGAGAUCCUGGUGGCCGAGGAGGGAGCAAAUGAACAAGAAGAAAUACACUAUGAAGAUGAUUUCGAGCCCGAUGAUGAAGAAACUUUUCAGGACAGUCUGACCUUGAACUCUGGGGAUAAGAGACCCAGUGACCCCAUACAAGGUCGCGGGCUAGGCGGCAACCCAUCGGUACACACCAUAGAAGACGAUAUAUAUGAUUUCAGCAAUUCAUCUACAUACUGAAAGAAUGACAAUCUACCUGUUAGAAUGGAAAUGGAAGUAUCGGUUUUCACAGAAACUGUAAAUGUUAUGUAUUUGCUGCGGUAGUUCUUAAAACUGAUAAAAUAAUGCAACGCUAUUUAUAAUAACAACCGAAAACAACCUAAAUAAGCAUAAACUGAGCAAAUGAUGAGACAUAUACAUCUAUUCUUAAAGUUGCAUUAUUACAGCGAUACAUUUAAUACCUAAAAGUACCUGUUCACAAAUAAGGCUUAAACUUAACUAGCAGAUAUUUGAUUGUUUUGUUGUGUGAUAACGAAUAAGUUUUCCGAAAGUGAGAAAGUAGUGGGCCAUAUCUCUUGUCAAGAGUAUGGUCAGAUAUGUCAGUAUAUGUCAAGCUUAGAAAUUUUAAAGAUGUACUAUGCUCCACUGUCAAUAAAAUAUUUAAUCAUGAGAUAUUAAUUUAAAUCUAGAAAACACUUUUCAGAUAUAUUUUACUUGGCUAGAUAUAUAAAUUAAAUGUAUAUGAAGAGUUGCAGCCGUAAUUUGAUUUUAUCUGGUAACAGCCAUUUGUUGAAAAAACUUCCAGUUUUUUAGAGGCAUUACAUAUUCAUACUGUGUUUACUUAUAUGUGUGCACAUUAUUGUGUAUACACACAAAAUGUUUUUUUUUCUAAUGGUUUACAUAGAUACUUUGUAAUACAUUGUAAUUAUAUGAAAUUUGGGCAUAAUAUAUCUUUAAAGAUGUUAGUUUGUGGCAAUGUUGCUGUUGCACACAACCUUUAAACCUAACAAACAACACAUUAAAUAAACAGAAGUACUCUGUAUUCACUGUUCUACAUAAUUGUUAGUGUUGACAUAUCAAAUUUGCAGGUCCAUGUAUUUGAAUAAUUCUUUUAAGUGAAUAUUAGAAAUGAUUUGAUAUUUAAGUUUUUAAAGUAGCAUUUUGGUGUAUGUGUUUUGUCUGAGAAACUGUUCACAGAUUUGCUUAAAGUAGCUUCACAAACUAUUUUAAAUAUUCUGUUGAUAUGAAUUAUGCAUCAUGUCCGAAAGCACACCUACUGGGGUUUCAUAAACUUAAAUUCGCUAAAUACAAAAUUACCGUAUCUUACGGUAGUAAUGUGUGCAGAGACAGCUGUAGUUUAAGGAAUAUGGUGUGAUGAUUGAAAUAUAAAGUUUUAUAUAUAUCGCCAGAACUGUAACAUUUAUGCAGACUUCAUUUGCACAUACUGUACUGCCACAGGUUUUAAGGUUUACUGAUUGAAAGUACAGAUUACUUGUGCCAUCAGUGAACAAAGUCUACAAGUCAUUUUAGCAUGUACAUUUUUUCACGAGUGAGGAAAUUAGAAAAUAGAGGACUUACUCAUUGGUCAUUUUAUUGCUCACAUGCUGCCAGUUGAUUUUUGUCUGCGCAACAUUUGAUGCUGUGACGUAAUAAUUGUGACAUACAAAGAGUGAUUUCAUGUCACAUUUGCAAAUUUCUUUUUGAAUAAGCAAUCACAAUUGAAACUAAUUUGUAAAUCAGCUCUGUUUUGACUUUGCCAGUCAUUGUUCAUGUAUGAUGUACAUUUUAAACUGUAACCAUGGUAACCACUUACGUAUUGUAAUUUAUGUAAAUAAUCAUGUAUUAUUUAUUUAUUGUACAUAUAAAUAAGAAACAUCUGUGAUCUGUUUGUGUCCGUUCCCUUCAUGGAAUAAUUUGUAAUCACUAAAAACAGUUUUCUGCUAGGACAUAAAAAGGCUUGAAUCAAAUCUUAUGAAAUUUGUUUACAUAGCUUCGAUUUAAAUUGGCAUUACUUUAUACUCUCUUUUGAAAAACAAAACAGGAAGUGUUACUGGUUUUUUGUAUAGAUACCUUCAUUUUUGUAGAUACACAUUGUAUCAUUGUCAAUAUUUUCUACAAAAGAUAUGUGUUCUUAGAUAGAUUUAAGUAUAAAGUCGUUUCAUUUGGAUUCAACACAUGUGUUCUGCAUUUACACACAGAUAUUGUAAGAAAUUUUAACAUUAAAUUUUCUUUAUAUAUAGCGCUACCUUUGCAGUUUUGCUCAAGAAAAAAAAGAUGACCUGUAUAAUUUUUUUAUCUAUUUUCCUUUCUGUUUCAGUUUAAAUGUAUUUUAAUUUUAUUGCCAAAAUUUACAUAUAAGUGAUUUUCAUAUUUAAAUUGUGCAACUUUUAAAGAAUUCAAUGUUAAAUUAAAUUGGUGUAACAAAAAUUAACAAAAUUAUUUUUCUGUUGAUGUUAUAUAUAAGGAUGUUUUCUGAAUUCACAUUCUUCUGCAGUAACCUCAGUUUUUGUUGAGCCUGCUGGCAGUGAGCUCGACACAGUUGUCACAAUGGUGAUUCAGUGUAUAUGUGUCUGUGCAUGCGUCUGUCUGAGUUUGUUUGGGCUGUAACUUAUCCGCUUAAAUAACUAUGCAUAUGUUUGCCUCAAUGACACAGUGUGUCCCAUGCAAGAACCAGAUUGGUAGCUGUAACUUAGCCAUGGAUUGAGAGAUUCUUAAAUACUUUGGCACACGUUUGCCUCGAUAAGACUAUGUGUCAUGUGCAACAACCAGAUGCUUAAAGGUCAAGGUCAUACUUAGAGGUAAAUUGUCAAAACUUGGUGCAGUUUUCCUAGUUCGGGCUGUAACUCAGCCAUGAAUUCAGGGUUUCUUAAAUAACUUAGCACAAUUGUUUGCCUCAAUGAGACAUUCUGUCAGGUGUAAGUAGCUGAAAGGUCAAGGUCACACUUAGGGGUCAAAAGUUGAUGCAGUUUCUCUUUACUGGGCUGUAACUUAGCCAUGGAUUGAGAUGUUCUUCAAUAACUUGGCAGAAAUGUUUGCCGCAAUCGGUUCUGUCGUCGCCAAAUAGUAUCAUAAAUGUUAGUCCUUUUGACAGCUGGCGGGCUCGACAUGCUGCCUAUGGGCACCUAGUUUUAGCUACAUGCCUCCAAUUCAACAUCAGAAUUGCAAGAAUUUUAGAAUAUUAAGCAGUUGAUAUUAGACAUUAAAAAUUAUGUUAUACAGUAUUGUUUAAAUAGAUAUUUUAAUGUAUAUAAUACAAAACAGUUAAAUUCCAUAUAUUUUAGAUGAAAUUUAAUAACGAGUUUUCUAUACAUUUUUUUGUUAAAAAAAAAACAAAAAAACAAAGUAUUAUUGUAGAAAAAAAGUUCUUAAAAUGCACAAAAUCAUUUCAAAAUUUCUUUCCUCUGCCAUUACUAACUAAAGAAAAACCUUUUCUAAACGGUGAACAUUUUACAUAAAUCUAGAGGCAUGAAACUAAAACAUAAUUGUAGCCUAAUUUCACUUGUGUUUUUGGCCUGCCUACUUUACUGAUUUUCACUGCUUUUCUUUAAUAGUUACAAUUGUUUGUAUUAAUUUUCUCUUUAUUUUGUCUGUCUAUUUGAUAUCUCUUUCUAUUUUUGGUUUAAAUGAUUACAAUUAAUUGACAUUGUCAUUCUGACCAGUUUCACUCAGAAUGUUUUAUCAUAAAAAAAAUUGCUCUGGAAAAUAUUUGCUUUAACGUCAUUAUUGGUUCCAGAAAUAUAUUUUUUAGCUGGUCUGAUUUUUGAACAAUGUCAAUUGAUCAUCUGUGUUGUUUAUUUUUUUGUUGCUAAUUUUUAUUCUCCUCUCAAAAACUAUAAGAGCUACAGCUUUGAAACUUUGCACACUUGUUUAUCAUCAUUAGAAAUCAUAAUUAUAUACUUUAAUUUUCACCGAGUAAUUAGAUUUCAUGUUAACCUUUAGCCUGCUGGCGGCAAGUGAUUUUGCCUUUGCGACCAGUGCAGACCAAGAUCAGCCUGCACAUCCACGCAGGCUGAUAAUGGUCUGCACUGUUUGCUGUUCAGUCAGUAAAAUUUCAGUGAACAUCCCUUCGAAUAAUAAAUGGUAUUUCCCGAACUGAAUGAUGGACCAGUCCAUUUUAGAUAUUUAGCAGGCUAAAGGUUAAUGACACAAUGUUGUGAAAAAAAUGUUAUAAAACGACAUUUUAGUCUAUGAAUGAACAUUAUGUAGCAUAUAUAUUUCAUACAAGUUUGAGCAAGGAAACAAAACAACAACAACUUUUUCACACUGAAGAUAAAAGUAAACAAGUAAAAAAAAAAAAAAAAGCGUUUCUUACUUUGAGCAUUUAACUAUCUGUAAAUACAGAUAGGCCUUUCUGUAAAGAGACGAUCCUCAGGAAAUGAAAUAAAGUCCUUUGUUAAUGUGUUGUCUCUGAGUAUAGUUAGAUAUACACUGUAACAAAAAGGAUAAACAGUGGCCUGUAUAAGAAGAGUUUUUAUGCCCCCAAAGGGAGGCAUAUAGUUUUUGAACCGUCUGUCGGUCUGUCCGCAAUUUUCGUGUCCGGUCCAUAUCUUUGUCAUCCAUGGAUGGAUUUUCAAAUCACUUGGCAUGAAUGUGUACCACAGUAAGACGACGUGCAGUGCGCAAGACUCAGGUCCGUAGCUCAUAGGUCAAGGUCACACUUAGACGUUAAAGGAUAGUGCAUUGAUGGGCGUGUCCGGUCCAUAUCUUUGUCAUCGAUGGAUGGAUUUUCAAAUAACUUGGCAUGAAUGUGUACCACAGUAAGACAACGUGCAGUGCGCAAGACCCAGGUCCGUAGCUCAAAGGUCAAGGUCACACUUAGACGUUAAAGGAUAGUGCAUUGAUGGGCGUGUCCGGUCCAUAUCUUUGACAUCGAUGGAUGGAUUUUCAAAUAACUUGGCAUGAAUGUGUACCACAGUAAGACGAUGUGCAGUGCGCAAGACCCAGAUCCGUAGCUCAAAGGUCAAGGUCACACUUAGACGUUAAAGGAUAGUGCAUUGAUUGGCGUGUCCGGUCCAUAUCUUUGUCAUCGAUGGAUGGAUUUUCAAAUAACUUGGCAUGAAUGUGUACCACAGUAAGACGACGUGUCACACGCAAGACCCAGGUCCGUAGCUCAAAGGUCAAGGUCACACUUAGACGUUAAAGAUCAUUUUUCAUGAUAGUGCAUUGAUGGGCAUGUCCGGUCCAUAUCUUUGUCAUUCAUGCAUGGAUUUUAAAAUAACUAUGCAUGAAUGUGUGACACAGUAAGACAUUGUGUCGCGCGCAAGACCCAGCUCCGUAGGUCAAAGGUCCUAAACUCGAACAUCGGCCAUAACUAUUCAUUCAAAGUGCCAUCGGGGGCAUGUGUCAUCCUACGGAGACAACUCUUGUUAGUAUUAGUUUUGAUUCGAAGGUGGUGUUUAGUAGAAGCUUGACUGUAUCUAAAAAUUAAAGGCAGUCGAUUGACGCUAAUUGUAUAAGAGAAAAAAAAAGUUUUUUUGUAUUGUGAACAGGACAGGAAACAUUUUUAAGUUCGUCUCAUCUUCAAAACGUGUAAGAUUUCUUACUUUUGUAUGUUGUUUUUUCUUUGUCUUCUGUUUUCUUUUUAGGUAUUUUGUUAGUGGAUUCCAAUUAUGACAAUAUGUGAGUUUAUAUGAAAAUGAAAAGCUGUCAAUAAAAAAAUUAAAUUCAG